UUAGCUUUUAACCUUGUAGCCACAGAUCUAUUUCGAAUGAGCCACAGGGCCAAAUGCCCCACCCUUCCCACUGGAUGUGCACUGUUUACCGUUACUGUGGUUACGAGAGGAAAGGCAGCCAUGGAAGGUGGAGGAGACUGCCAAGGAUCUCAGUAAAAGCAAUCAGCAAGGAUGUUCACUGCACAUUGACACGUUCCCCAAUAAACCAUGCCCCGAAACGAAGGACUUCUUGCCACAUACUACCCAGUAAAGAUUCAGGAGGCGCUGAAGUUUCAGUCUGAGUAUGAAAACUGUCUGCCUGACCAUCCACCAGAAAGCUUCUUUCAAAUUAAAAAAUAAUGAAGUCAGCUUAUUGGUGCCACCCUAGAUAUUAAUCCUUUUAAAACCAGAAAUUGGGCAGAUGCAGCUCUGAUUGUGGGAACUGAAAUACCUUUCAGCAUCAGUGAUGUCUAAUGACCUUGUGCCCAAAUUGUCUGGAACGCUCUCCAAAAGUGAACUACCUCUUCCUAAAAAGAAUCCAGGAAAGGAUGUGUCCCCUUCUAUGAGUCUGAAUUACAGUGUGACUGACACUUUAACUGAACAGCUGGCACCCUUAUGUUAUCCAACAAACUGCAACCUGAUGGUGAGGAACAAGGAUCCAGAGAAGGUAACGAACCCAAGUCAAGUUUCUGAUGAUGUCCAGCAAUUGACCAUUUUGGCCAACUCAGUUUUAGUUUCACCUUUAAUGACAUUCAGGAGACUUCCUACUGGGUACCUUCAGGCCACAAAAGUAAGUGGUUCUUCAGAAACACCACCUUCUGUUCCCCAGAUCCCAGGAUCCCAGGAACAGAUGAUGCAAGAGCAAAUGGAACAACUGAAAAGACUGGUGGCAGAACAGCAGAGGAUUAUAACACUUUACAAUUCAGGUUUUCAAAACUCUUUACAAAUUUUACCUUAUUUGAUCCUCCCAAUAGGUAAUAUCUCAGCAGAGGAAGAAAAACACCAGAAAAAGUCUCUCAUUAGAGAAGAUAAGGAUGAGCAAAGUGAUAACCAAAUUCCAGCACACUUAAGAACCAGAAAUGUAGAAGAAAGGACUAUCAGAUCAGGAAUUGGGAUAAAGGAGAAGAAACAGACUUUUGAAGAAUUUGUUGAAGAACGAUUUAAAAUGGAUUCUCAAAGAGCAGAAAACCAUUUGAAGCAACACAAACAACGGAACUCAUGCCGGUCAAAGACAGACAUUAGAAAGACAUUUUUAAAAUGUGGAGAAGGCAUUGCAAGAUUUGAACAGAAUAAGGAGAAUCUUUUCAGAAAGAACCCCAAACAACUCAUCAACCAAAUUAAAAGGCAGGUUAGCCUUGGCUGCCAGCCUAGUUUCUGUUUGCUUCAGUCCAAGGAUUGGGGAAAACAUAAGCAAGAAAAUCAUCCUUCAUUGGAGAGGCAUACUAACACCCACAAGGUCCCCUUGAGUAAAGAGAAAGAGAUAGCUGACAUCCCUUCUCAGGAGAAAGCAAAAGAGGACACAGAACAUUACAAAUCUGAAGAGAAUAAUCAAAAGCCACAAGAAAGAAGUGGUGAACAUGUAAAGGUAGAGUCCACUCUUACAUCAAGGGUGAAUUGGCCUGAUAUCAUGCAACAGUAUCAUAGCAAAGAAAGUGAGUCAAAGUUCCAGAUAGAUGGAAAGAAUGAGACUCAAUUUCUUGAAUGUCAAAAUCAGUUAGACAGUAGAGAGGAACCCACAAAUAAUCAGGUUCAACAACACUUUGACAUACCGAAUCCACCUCUAAUAGCGAAAAACACUCCAGUGGCUCCUGGGAAUUCAAGAAUCCAAGAAGUUAUAGAGGAUCAUGAGAAACAAGUAGAUGGGACCAUUGAGAACCACAAUUCAAAGAAAGUAUGGUUUAUUUCCUAUCACCCAAAUCAAAAGCUUGUGUCUUCUACAGCUUUCUCGGGACUCAGAAAAGGAUCUAGUCCUGAAUUUAAGAAAGUUAAUGACAGAAUAGUGAAGAACACCCAGCAGUUGAAUGAGGGCAUAGAAAUAAAGUAUGUUCUGGUGUCUGAUCACAAAAGAAAACAGCAAGAUGGUGGGAGGUCGGCUAGGUUGGGUAAUGAUAAGUCAUCAUCAUCAGAUGAAAAUAACUCAUAUUCUAGCUCUUCAAUGCAUUGCCAUUCAUGUCCAAGAAGUGAAUAUCUUCCAAAUGUACACCAUGCAGACCAAAAUCAUGACUUUUCUGAACCUGACUAUGCUGGUGAUGAACUCAGUGCAUCAGAGAUGACUUUAAGAAGUGCCAGCAAACUCUUGGUCAAGAAAAGGAGGUCUCAGGACCCAUUAAGACUGAAGAGUCACUUCACAAGGACCAGCAGCAGUGAAUCAAGUAUUGAAGCUUCUAAAAGAAGAGGGAGUAGGAUUCUAUCCUCUUUUCAGAUCUCUCGUGACUAUUACAUUGGGCCAAGGAGGCCCAAGAAAGAGCCAAAAGCCAAAAGUACCACCAAGAACAUCCAAAUUCCAGAUAUGCAGCCACCAACUUGUGAUCUCGUAGCUAGUUUAUUCCCUGUUUGGAAGGACAGAGUAAACUUAGCUGACCAAGAACCAUGUAAAACCUUCCAUGAAGGUGCAUUAGUUCAAAAAAGACCCAUAGGGAAAUUACAGGAAUUUGAAGAAGAGAUUGAUGAGUUCCACAGAAGAAACCCUCAGCUUCUCCAGCUGAAAGAAAAGCGUGAAAAAGUAAUGCAAUUUCUCAGUGAACAAAUAAAUCACUUCAAGGCAGAAAAGGUCAAAGAGGUGAGCUUUUCAGAUGAACACUGGAAAGAAGAAAAUCUCCGAGCACAGCUUACAAAGGCAAACCUGGAAAAAUGGACAAAGGCAUCUAGAAUCUCUAAGAAGGAUGAUGACACAAAGGAGAUGUUGAUCUUAAAGCAACAGAUUGAUGGGCUACAAGAACAAUUCAAGAUAAAUGAAUCUCGGUGGUCUGUGGCUCAUAUCAAACUCCAGAACCAGAUAGAAGUCCUAAUGAAACAGAACCUGGAGCUCCAAGAUGAACUUCGAGCUUCAGAACAUCAGCGGAUGGAAAUCACCAAGAAAUCAUUGGCUUUACAUUCUGCAUUAAGGAAAUCAGAACCUCUGGCUUCAGAACCAAAUCUAAGUGGACCUGCAAUUCUGUUAAAGAAUGAGGGAACAGCAAGGCACCCUAGUUCAAAGAUUUGCAUGGGCCAGAGGACAUCGUCUGAAAAAUGUACUUGUAUAGAGCCCCCAAGCAAUAAAAUAGGAGACUCUAAGAAAACAACAUCAAGAGAAAGAAUGGAACCUAAGAAAACAACAUCAAGAGAACACAGAGAAAAAACUGUUUUCAGAAAUCUUCGGGUCAGAAGUCCACCACCUAUUGGCAAGAGAUCUGCCUUGGCAAAAAGAAUUCCAUUUGAUCCAGAAAUGGUUAUCCAUCGAAUUCCAAAAAAUCAGCAAAGAUCCUAUUUGAGAAAAACCCGAGUGCCAGUGGUCCAACUUAACACGUAUGAUGAAGAAAGCUUGGCAGCUUAUGAAAAUGACAGGUAUCCAUUGACCUCUGAGAGUAAUGAAGAUGCACUCUUUUUCGUUCACAAUAAUGGUCACAGGUCUUCUGCCUUUCAUCAGAAUGAAGACAUUCAGGAUUGUCCUUCUAAAUCAUCAACAUCCAGAAAAGGAUUACUGUGUACAAAAUAUAAGAAAAGAGAAGAUAUUCUGAAAAAAACAAAGCACCCAGAUGGCAAGGUGGAAUGGAAAUUUUCAGAUGGAAGCAAAGCAGUAGAUUUUCCCAAUGGCACCUGGAAGGAGAUCAGCGCUGACCGAAAAACAACUACUGUUACGUUUUCAAAUGGAGAUGUGCAGAAGUUCAUGCCAGAUCAGAGAAUGCUUUAUUAUUAUGCAGAUACCCAGACAAUUCAUACCACUUAUCCCAGUGGCCUGGAAGUGAUUCAAUUUCCGAAUAAGCAGAUUGAAAAAUACCAUCCUGAUGGCACUAAGGAAAUUGUGUAUCCAGAUGGGACAGUGAAACAUCUCAAGAGCGGGCAAGAAGAGACUCUGUUCCCCGAUGGGACAUUUAUAAAAGUAGAAAGGAAUGGAGAUAAAACCAUUAUAUUCAAUAAUGGGCACAAGGAGAUCCACACUUCACAGUACAAGAGGAGAGAGUUCCCCAAUGGCACCAUCAAGACUGUAUAUAACACUGGCCAUCAGAAAACAAAGUAUAUUUCGGGAAGAGUUCGAAUCAAAGAUGAAGCGGGAAAUAUCAUCCUUGAUAAGAAUUGAUUUGCCUCUUCCACGUGCAAAAUUAUGUAUGCAACUCAGAUUACUUUUCAUCCAGAUUUUCUUUUAUCUUUUUUAGCUCUCUAUCCAGAGAAAAGACAUAGUAAGCACCUAUCAGGAGAGAUGUACAAGAGAUCUCAAACCUAACUAAUUAUGUAGAAAUAAAAAAAUCAUUCUUUUAGUUUCCAAUUUGAAAGGGAAAAAAAGUGGUUGAAAUCACACUUCAGUCAACUUCUUGUUCCCAAGACAAUUGCUCCUAGACCCCUGGACGUCUUUUGUUCUUUGAUGACCAGGUGUUUGAACACCUUGCUGAGCUCCCUUCUAUUUCCAUGCCCUACUUGGGCUCCUGAUCUCUUGUUAUUCUGUUCAUUCUGUUCACAGGUGAACUUAGUUUGUUUGGAAUCCUGUCUCACCCCAGGAAUUAUCUAAACAGCAACACCUGUUGAAUUUCCAGAGCUAGGUUUUGUGCUUGGCUCAAAUUUGAAUUGAAGUGAAACUGAAUGAAAAAAUUGAAUUGAAGGGGCUCUAAACAGUCUGGUAGCAACACCUGUCAUGAGCAGCAGAUUUAGCCAUCUCCUUGAUUCUGUCUUUACUUCUCUGGCAGCCAUUUACUCUCCUAGCAACUUCCUUCUUAAUCCCAAGUAUGAAAAUGAUUAUAAGAUUUUUACUAGGCUUACAAUUUCAGUUUCAUUUUAGGCAGCAUAUAGAACUAUGCAGAAAUAAAAUGGAUUUUUGCUGAAACAAUUAGAGCCUGGAAAAUGUACAAUAUGAAAAAUUCCUUAAAAUGUUUCACCACUGUGGCCAGAUGUGAUUUACUGAAUAGAUACUCUUGUAUAUUUUUAUGUGAAGCCCAAUGUAAUAAUGUAUUUUCAUGCCAAUAAUUAUCUUGGUCCUGGGUGUAUAUUGUACAUGUGGAUUGUUGCUUAAAGAAACUAAAAAUCAACAUUAUGUCUUGUUAUGAAAGACAGAAUUCUUUUUUAGCCCAGGAUCUCUACCAUGUCCACCUAUGUGAAUGUUAAGAGUUCAUUUGUCAGAAAUAAAAGACACGAUUCCAUUA